AAGCUCAAAUCUACCAUGCUUUGCAUUGUGGCCACUUAAACAUUGAUGAUGUGAUGAUGCAUGCAAGAAAAGAAACCCCCCAAAAAAAAAACAGAAGCAAGCUAGCUCAAUAUUACAUCGAGCAAAAAGUCUCUCUCUCUCUCUCUCUCUCUCUCUCUCUCUCUACUUUUGAACCAAGCACUCACGAGACACACUUGAGGCUUCACCCUUUGAAUUCAUCUUUAUGAUGCUACACGACCUAAUCCUCCUGACCCGUCCUAUUUGGAGAAACAAACCGUGAAAACUACUCCUUCUCUUCUCUUUUACAAUUUUCAUCUUCAUGAACGUUCCCUGCAAUUAGUUCCAAUAACUUCUAAGUGUUUUAAAAAAAUUUCACCCUUCUCAGCUUUGAAUUGAUAAACCAAGUGUGACAAUUGCUUGACAUGAACACAUCUUUCUUUUCUUCCCAUACAAGCCAAAAGGGUCUUUUCUGAAUUCUAUCGUAGAUGAAUCAUAUUGACACAUAUUCUUCUUCUUCAUUUUUUGUUGGAGCCUAUGUUUCGGAAUCCGUUUAUGCACUUCCUGAAAUCCGUUCACACGUUCAGAAGAAAAUCUCCUUUUGACAGUCACUGCAUAUAUAUCAUUAAUUGUUUGAGUCUUUGAGUGGCAUGCACUUUGUUAGAGGUUCAAUGGGAGGCUCAUGUUUCCAUGCGCUUCGUUUGAGGAGGUUCAAGAGUAAGGCUCUGCCAGAACCUUCUUCAUCUUCCAAGACAAGGUUGGAUUCUGACUUGGAGAACAUGGAGAGAAGAAGGUUUGAUAGCUUGGAAUCAUGGUCCAUGAUAUUGGACUCUGAGAAUGUGGAGACAUGGGAAGCUUCAAAGGAGGAUCAAGAAGAAUGGACUGCUGAUCUUUCUCAACUUUUCAUAGGUAACAAGUUUGCUUCUGGUGCUCACAGUAGGAUUUACCGUGGAAUUUACAAGCAGAGAGCCGUUGCUGUCAAAAUGGUGAGAAUUCCCACGCAGGACGAGGAGAGGAGAGGCUUGCUCGAACAGCAAUUCAAGUCUGAAGUGGCUUUACUUUCACGUCUCUUUCAUCCCAACAUAGUGCAGUUUAUUGCAGCAUGUAAGAAACCGCCGGUGUACUGUAUCAUAACAGAAUACAUGUCACAAGGAACACUGAGGAUGUAUCUGAACAAGAAAGAGCCAUACUCUCUUUCAACAGAAACUAUAUUAAGGUUAGCUCUUGACAUAUCUAGGGGUAUGGAGUACCUUCACUCGCAAGGUGUGAUUCACAGAGAUUUGAAGUCAAAUAACUUGCUUCUCAAUGAUGAGAUGAGGGUUAAGGUGGCAGAUUUUGGAACAUCGUGUCUUGAAACGCGGUGUCGGGAGACCAAGGGAAACAUGGGAACAUAUCGUUGGAUGGCACCGGAGAUGAUUAAGGAGAAAUCUUACACUCGUAAAGUUGAUGUUUACAGUUUUGGAAUUGUGCUUUGGGAACUCACUACCGCUCUUCUUCCCUUCCAAGGAAUGACCCCUGUGCAGGCUGCUUUUGCUGUUGCUGAGAAGAAUGAAAGGCCUCCACUACCUGCUAGUUGCCAGCCAGCACUUGCCCAUCUGAUAAAACGUUGUUGGUCAGCAAACCCUUCAAAGAGGCCAGAUUUCAGUGACAUUGUGUGUACUCUGGAGAAGUACGAUGAGUGUGUGAAGGAGGGUCUACCUCUGACCCAUCAUUCAGGCCUAGUCAGCAAAAACGUCAUUAUCGAACGCUUAAAAGGUUGCGUCCCUAUGAGCUCUUCCAUACCUGUACAAGCUUGAUUCCCUAUAAGGUAUAUUGCUGUUGUCUUCCUUCCAAUCCAUAUUGAAGCUCAUAUCAUAUAACUUAAAUAUAUAUAUAUGUAUAUAUAUAAAUGCUUCAUGUUCUUUCAACUGUAUUAUGUAACUGUACCUUUUUUCAGUUGUGUCAAAGGGAUGAGUUAUUUCAUUAAGGACGAAUGUGAUCUGAGCAACUCUUAAUUUGCAAACAUACACCUAGUCUUAUCUUAGUCUAGUACAAACUACAGAAUUAUACAGUGGAAUUAAUUGCUUCGACUAUGCGCUAUUUUGUGCAUGCAAAAAAUGUGAGAUUAUAUAAUUUGCUAUAGCAGUGAAUCGUAAUCUGAAGCACACCAACCUCCAACUACCAGAUGCUAAUUAACCAAACUCAGCAACAGCAUCCAUCCACCAAACAACAUGAGAGCAAAGCAAAGAGUACUACUUCAUUAAUACAUUGGCAACUGUUACAUUCCAACCACCAAAAACGCUGACAUUAGUCUUACUCUUACAACUACACUAUUGUUGGAACCCUCCUCGAUAUUUUAUCCCUCUUCUUGUCUUAGAAGUUAAUUUCCACCUUAAUUAAACACCCAGCAAGCUAACUAUAAA